GCAAGCAAUUUUUAUUUUAUUUAUUUAUUUAUUUUCUUGUCACAAAAUUUUCUCUAUCACGCCAACCAAACAAGGAAGAGAGUGUGUAAACUGCACACUCACUCACUCACUCAGAUAAACCACCACUUUCACUUUGAUUGUUCGGUUCGAAGAAUUGGUGGUGACGUAAGCAACAAGUUCUAUCGUUCACCCUUAAACCCUUUCUCUGCAAAACCCUAAACCCCUUUCAAAGAAAAUUAACCACCGCAAUGGAAGAACAGAACGAAGAACACGAAAAGCGAGAACUCUACGCAGUCUUGAACUUAUCACCCGAAGCUUCCGAUGAAGAAAUUCGCAAAGCUUAUCGUCAAUGGGCACAAGCUUAUCAUCCUGAUAAGUACCAAAAUCCUCACAUGAAAGAUGCUGCUACUGAGAAUUUUCAACGAGUUUGUGAAGCGUAUGAGAUUUUGUCAGAUCCAAAUAAAAGACAAAUUUAUGAUGUCUAUGGUAUGGAAGGGUUGAAAUCUGGUUUGGAACUUGGUCCCAGGCUUGAGAGAGCUGAAGAGAUUAAAGCUGAAUUGGAUAGAUUGAAGAGAAUGAGGGAACAUGAAAAGAUGAUGGCGCAUUUUCGAUCUUCCGGUACAAUUAUUACUAAUAUGUCUGUGCCACAAUGUCUAGAUGGCGAUGGUCUCUUCAGAGGAAUGGCGAUGACGAGUGAAAUUCAGUCUCAGUUGUCAAAACGAAAUGUUGUUGCAAUCAGUGGAAAUUUAGCAGUUGAUGGACAUCAAGGUGGUGGAGCUGCUAAUGCUGUAUUAAGUCAUCAACUUUCAGAAGUUCAGUCAAUAGAAUUUAUGGCUUCAGCUGGUUUACGUUCACUACUUGGGGUGCAGACAUCUCGGCAUAUAUCAUCACACUCAUCUGCAACAAUAGGCUUAUCAAUGUCUUUGAAAGAUGGUUCGUUGAAUCUUUCUAAUGCAUGGACCCGCCAACUGUCAGAAACCACAAAUGGACAUAUACAACUCAUGUUGGGAUCACAAUCAUCUGUAGCCGUAGGGUGGCAGAAAAAAGAUGAGAAACGGACUGCCACUGGAGAAUUGAAGUUGGGCACAGGUUCUUUUGAGACAGCAGUUCACUAUACUCAUCGCUUUUCUUCUAAAUCUCAUGGCAGCAUUGGAGGAAGAGUUGGGAGUUCUUCGAUUGAGAUGGAGGUCGGUGGUGGAAGGAAGUUAUCCAAAUUCAGUUCUGUGCGCUGGUUGUAUGUAGUAGGUUUGCAGGGCAUUUCCUGGAGAUUUGAACUCCAUCGCGGGGGUCAGAAGUUGAUUAUUCCUAUUUUGCUGACGAGUUAUUUGAACCCCGUGUUUGCUACUGGAGCAUUAGUUUUUCCAGCAUCUUUUUACUUUGUUCUGAAGAAAUUUGUCAUUAAACCAUAUUACCUUAAAAGGAAUAAGCAGAAGGCUCUGGAGAAAGAGGGUAAAAGUUCUGCUCAGGUUCAAGAAGGAAUGGCGGCAGCAGAAAAAGCUCAGAAAUUACAACAAACUGUGGCUAAUAGGAAAAAAAAUAGGCAAUUAGAAACAAAUGGACUGGUUAUUAUGAAAGCACUAUAUGGAAGUGAUACAAUUUUGAACAACUUGUAUUCAUCAAGUGAUACAAGUUUUGAAUCUACUUCAGGAGUCAUCGAUGUUACAACACCUCUGAAUUUUCUAGUCAAUGAUUCUGGUCAACUUAAGCUUCACGAAGGUGUAAAGAAAUCAGGAAUCAUGGGCUUUUGUGAUCCUUGUCCCGGAGACCGGAAACUGUUGUAUGUAGAGUAUGCUCAUGCCAGCAAUCAACACAAGGUCUUGGUUGGUGACUAUGACGAAUUACUGAUACCCCAAGGCAUCCACAGGAUAUAAAGAAAAAUUAAUAUACACAUCUAUAUCAUAGUUACCCCGUGCAUUUUUGCAUUACAUGCUUGAGGUAAAACAUUUUGUACUGGUAGAUGGAAUUACAAGAGGUACCUUGUACAAUUUUUGGGCUAGUGGUAUCCUUGCUUUUUUAGCUUAUUUAUUCACGCCCCGAAAGUGUAUGAAAUAAGGGCAUUUUAGGAUGUCAUUGUAGUAUUUUGUCAUGUUGUCGUGGUCUACGCAUGUUAACUCUGCUGCCACUGCCAGACUGCCUGACCCGGAUUUUGUCUAAUGUUAUUUUUAUGGUUCAUUGGUUGCCCUUCCCCAACCAUAUAAGUUGAAUCAUCCCCAAUGACUGUAAUUUUCAUUUGAGUUUGUUAUUUGUGGUUGACAAUUAACAACUGCGAAUAACAUUGAUUGCCGAGACAUUUUUUGUAUCUGUUCACUUCCUUUUCCUUCCUUUACCAGCCAAGGCACUGAAUAUACAUUUCUAGCCUGCCAAUCAAAUGGCCUGAUUACCGUUUCA